GAGAGGCAGAAGCCGCUAGACAUUCCUCUAUUGGCUUUACCAGGUGUCAACAAUGAGGACAUGAGGAUCCACAGAUCCCAGAGCCAGACAAUCCUUCCGAAAGCACAUCCUGCCCUUCGCAAAUCCAAGCGAAAUCUGGCCAUGUACUGCGACGAUCUUACCCUCAUGCUGCUCAAACAGCGUCGUCCUGGACGCAAGCCGACCAAGCUUUACAAACCAAGUGCCGUGCAAUUGCCGCCUGUGCACAACAAGGAGGCGCCGCGGAUGUCUCAGAGCACAGAGCUUGUCGAGGAGAGAAUCGUACAUGCGCACUUUCACUACCACUACCACCUUCCUGGUCUUCAGGCCGGGCACAUGAAGCAGAUGAAAUGA